AUGAGGCUACAAGACCGGCUGCUGAAGAGUGUCACACCCCUGCUCAUGGCCUGCAAUGCCUACGAGCUGAGUGUCAAGAUGAAGACCCUCAGUAACCCCCUGGACUUGGCUAUUGCCCUGGAGACCACCAAUUCUCUCUGCCGGAAGUCUUUAGCUCUUUUGGGACAGACGUUCUCCUUGGCCUCUUCUUUCCGGCAAGAGAAAAUCUUAGAAGCCGUCGGCCUCCAAGAUGUAGCUCCCUCUCCUGCCGCAUUUCCAAACUUCGAGGACUCUACUCUGUUUGGGAGAGAGUACAUCGAUCACCUGAAGGCCUGGCUGGUCAGCAGUGGGUGUCCACUCCAGGUCAAGAAAGCCGAACCCGAGCCAACCCGAGAUCAGGAGAAAACGGUUCCUCCUACCAAACCUGAAAUUCAGGCUAAGGCUCUGAGUGGUCUAAGUGAUGAGGUCCCCCAGCGAGCAGACCACAAGGUGGUGGACACCAUUGACCAGCUGGUCACACGUGUUGUUGGAGGCAGCCUGUCUCCCAAAGAAAGAGCUCUUCUCAAGGAGGACCCUGCUUACUGGUUUUUAUCUGAUGACAGUAGUCUGGAGUAUAAAUAUUAUAAGUUGAAGCUGGCAGAAAUGCAGCGGAUGAGCCAGACCUUGCCAGGAGCAGAUCAGAAGCCGAUGGCGGCAGAGUGUGCAGUCCGGGCCAUGCUAUAUGCCCGGGCAGUCCGGAGCCUCAAGAAGAGGCUCCUACCAGGGCGGCGGCGGGGGCUGCUUCGAGCUCAAGGACUCCGGGGCUGGAAAGUGAGGAGAGCGACCACCGGGACCCAGACCCUCCUCUCCUCAGGCACCAGACUGAAACACCAUGGCCGGCAGGCUCCAGGCUCCUUGCAGGGAAAGCCGCCCCAACCAGACGGAAAUGAUGCUGCCAAGGACUGCCCGCCAGACCCAGCCAGACCCUCUCCUCGGGACCCCAGCCCAGAAGCCUCAGGCCCAUCCCCCAAGCCAGCAGGAGUGGAUGUCUCUGAAGCCCCUCAGACCUCUUCUCCCUGCCUGUCUACUGAUGUUGAUACGAAGACAAUGGAGACUGCAGAGAAACUGGCCAAAUUUGUUGCUCAGGUGGGACCAGAGAUUGAACAAUUCAGCAUAGAAAACAGCAUUGACAACCCCGACCUUUGGUUUCUACAUGACCAAAACAGUUCAGCUUUCAAAUUCUAUCGAAAGAAAGUAUUUGAACUGUGCCCAUCGAUUUGCUUUACGUCAUCUCCGCUGAACCUUCAUGCCAGGAAGAGCGCCGAUUCUCAGGAGAGCCCCCUGGAGCCCAUGGAGGGGGAAGGAGAGUUUGAGGAUGAGCCCUCUCAGCACGAGGCUGAGCUGGAGAGCCCAGAGGUGAUGCCUGAGGAAGACGAGGAUGAGGAGGAGGACGAGGACGAGGAAGGAGGUGAGGAGGUCCCCACUCCUGGAGGGGCCUCCAGGCCGGCAGGAGAGUCGACCAAGUCCGAGGGCACGGAGGGCAGCCCCCCAGCUGAUGGCCUCCUGAGUGAGGUGGCCGAGGAUGGCCCGCCUGGUGCGCCUGCCCUGUCACAGCCCUCCUCAGGGACCUGCUUCCCCCGGAAGAGAGUCAGCAGCAAGUCGCUGAAGGUCGGCAUGAUUCCGGCUCCCAAGAGGCUGUGUCUCAUCCAGGAGCCCAAAGUUCACGAACCAGUUCGAAUUGCCUAUGACAGGCCUCGGGGUCGUCCCGUGACCAAGAAGAAG